GGAAGUGACGCGUCCGGCGGGAAGUCCCGCCCCUUGGCCUCCGCGGAAGUCUCGCUUGCUGAUUUGUGUUCCUCGUGGCCGACCAUCGGCAUGGCGCACUACAACUUCAAGAAGAUUACGGUGGUGCCGUCCGCCAAGGACUUUAUUGACCUGACAUUAUCGAAGACUCAGCGAAAGACUCCAACAGUUAUUCAUAAACAUUACCAAAUUCAUCGCAUUAGACAUUUUUACAUGAGAAAAGUCAAAUUUACUCAACAGAAUUACCAUGACAGACUCUCUCAGAUUCUAACAGAUUUCCCCAAAUUGGACGACAUCCAUCCUUUCUAUGCCGAUUUGAUGAAUGUCCUCUACGACAAGGAUCAUUACAAGUUGGCUCUAGGACAGAUCAAUAUCGCCAAAAACUUAGUGGACAAUGUCGCCAAGGAUUAUGUGCGGCUCAUGAAAUACGGGGACUCCCUGUACCGCUGCAAGCAGCUGAAGCGAGCCGCCCUUGGCCGCAUGUGCACCAUCAUCAGGAGACAGAAGCAGAGUCUGGAGUACUUGGAACAAGUGCGUCAGCAUCUGUCCCGUCUGCCAACGAUUGACCCGAACACGAGGACCCUGCUCUUGUGUGGGUACCCGAAUGUCGGCAAGUCCAGCUUCAUCAAUAAGGUGACGAGAGCAGAUGUGGAUGUGCAGCCUUACGCGUUUACAACCAAGUCUUUGUUUGUCGGCCACAUGGACUACAAGUAUCUGCGCUGGCAGGUUGUAGACACCCCAGGGAUUUUGGAUCAGCCUCUGGAGGAUCGGAACACCAUCGAAAUGCAGGCCAUCACGGCCCUGGCCCACCUUCGAGCCGCGGUGCUGUACGUCAUGGACCUGUCUGAGCAGUGUGGGCACGGGCUGCAGGCCCAGCUACAGCUGUUCCAGAGCAUCCGGCCUCUGUUCGUCAACAAGCCCCUCAUAAUUGUAGCAAACAAGUGCGACGUGAAGAGGAUAGCUGAGCUUCCUGAGGACGAUCAGAAAAUAUUUAUGGAUUUGCAGGCCGAAGGAUUUCCUGUGGUGGAGACCAGCACCCUGACGGAGGAAGGGGUUAUUAAAGUGAAAACAGAGGCUUGUGACAGGCUUUUGGCUCAUCGAGUUGAAGCCAAAAUGAAGGGAAACAAAGUGAAUGAAGUGCUGAACAGAUUGCAUUUGGCUGUGCCAAACAAGAGAGAUGAUAAGGAGAGGCCCCCUUUCAUCCCAGAAGGAGUGGUGGCACGCAGAAAGAGGAUGGACACUGGGGAGCCGCAGAGAAAAAGGGAACGAGAUAUUGAGCUGGAACUGGGAGACGAUUACACUUUGGAUCUUCAGAAAUACUGGGACAUAAUGAAUUCAUCUGAAAAAUAUGAUAAGAUACCCGAGAUCUGGGAAGGCCAUAAUGUAGCUGAUUACAUUGAUCCUGACAUCAUGCAGGUUCCUUCUGCACCCCCUGAGCCUCUCCAUCCCCAGUCACCGACAGCUGACCCUGCUGGGGGUGCCGAAGCCCCAGACCUGCCGGCUGGGCUCCCCGGGUGCAGGCCGUUGACCCUCUCCCCGCACAGGCCGUGUCCCUUCUGCACAGACUCCUGCUCCUUCCCUGUGAUGCUCUCAGGGAUGCGGGGCCUUGGGCCUGGUGCUGCUAGUUCUCAGGCCUGAUUCGUUCUCUUCGAAUUUUGCUGUGUCACCGUGUUGUCCUCCUGUUUCAGUCUCCUCCCCGUUUGCUUUUUCUUAGCAUGAGUGCCUGCAAUUUCUCUUCUUUAAACAACAAAAUCCCCUGUCUUCCUUCAGUUGCUACCCUGUCUUUCCUCAGCCAAGCUUUUUGAAAAUGACGCUUUAUAAAAUAUUUGCCAUCUACAUGUCCUCAUGUUUCUCUCGUCAGUUCCCCAUGGUGCCCUUAAUUUCUACAUUGAGUCUUCAAUAUCUGGGGAUGAACCUCACUGCAAGUCUCCCUCACUCCGUUCCUGUGUUUCCCUCCUGGAACAUUCCUCGUGCUCUGCUGUCUGAUUUGCAUCCUCACUGCUUUGCUUUACUUAGACAGCUUUUCCGUGUCUUGCCCCCUGUUUGCACCCUGUUGUCCACACUCCCACACGUGAGAAGUCAUGUCACCAUCCUUUAAACUCCUCACUGUGCCUCCUGCUUUCAUCUCCUGCUGCGUGGCGCCCAGUGUCGCCUGUGUGGGAUCAGGGUGGCCUGUGCGUGGCCUGGCCAUGCCUUUUCCAGGCUCCCCCCACCAUCACCAUACAGAAGUAGUGACAUGGGCAUGUGUGACUGCUGGAUUCCUGCCGGUUUAUUUGCUGGGUUGUGACAUACACGCACGUAUCUUUUUAUUGUAAUUGCACAGACCAGUGCAGGUUGGUGUUUUCAGCUGUUCUGGGACCAUGGGUGAAGGAGGUGCUGUCUGCACAUUGGAGCCUUGCUAUGGGCACUCACUGGUUUUUAAGGAGAAGCAGACAUGGCACAGAGCAGUUAGCGAUUUGCUCUCAGCUCGGCGUGUGUGCACAUUUCACUUUUCUUCCUGAAUCUUUGCUGGGAGGUCAGCUAUGGCACAUGGACGAGGCCCACAUGAGGUUGGACCCUGCAUCCAUGGUCCUGGAAGGCUUAGGGGAACCUGGUUCCCAUAUAAAGGUUCCUAUGCUUAUGAGGUUUCCAUUGUUGGUUGUGUUUCAUUCUGA